UGGAGCAAUUAUCAUUUGUUGUUGUUUCGUCGCAAGGUUCGGACGUGUAGUCUUCUGAGGUGUACAUUGGAAGUCGUUCGGCUCUGCGUUCAUUUAAUUUUUUUUUCUGUGUAAUUUUGUUUUGCAUACUGAAACGCAGGCGGACAUACGACCACGACGGAGUCGUUUUGACUAACCGAUACCGAUACCAAUGCCCGUGCCCAGGCAUUAGCAGAUGUGAAAUGUGACGACACGACGAAAAAGUGUCCGCAAUCGCGCAGCCGAGGCGACAAAAACCAUUUUGCAAAAAAGAAAAUAAAAUUAAAAGAAAUACAAAAAAAGUGAGAGGAAUCGGCAGCGACGCUCACGCGUUGCGCCCCCAUUCAAAAUAAAAGUGAAAACGUGCAAAAUACACAACGAAAAGCAAAGCAAGAAAGAACAGCAGCAACAAUCAGAUAUUAAUUUUAAUCAUAAAAUGUGCGACGCUGUCGCCACUACUACAACGACAACAUCAAUCCCAGCAGCAGGAUCAGGAUCAGGAGGUGCUGCUGGCGAUACCACAUUGACAGCAAUGGAGGAGCGUACGCGACAAAGUUGCUGUCGCCUGUGCAUUGCGCCCGCCAGCGAAUGCAUUUCGAUCAUUAACAGUUAUGCGGCCGAUAAGGAACCGCUGGCCACUAAAAUACACAACUGCGUAAAUAUCAAGAUCACGCCAUUGGAUCGUCUAUCGCUGCAUAUUUGCCAUGCCUGCAUCAGCUAUUUGAACUCUUGGCAGAGCUUUAAGAAUCGCUGCCUCAGCUCACAGUCCAAGCAACGCCAAUGGCUGGACAGCGAUAAAAGCAAGCAGCAGACGCUUUUGGGAUAUUUGGAUUUGAACAAAACGGAGAAUGGCAGCUCCAUUGAACAGCACCAGCACGAAUCGAAUAUUGAUUCAGCAGCGAUUGCAGCUGAAAAGGCGUCCGCCAACAUUUUGGAUGGCAUACCUUCGUUGAAGAAACGCAAAUCGUUAACAGUUUAUCCGCUGCCCGUCGUACCGAUCAAGGAUGAGCCCAUUGACGAUACGGACGAUGACUUCCAAAUGAAGUGUAUAGACGAGUCCGAUGAUAUGAUGGAUCCCACAAUGUUCCUAGAGCGCUCCGAGCAUGAGGGCGAUGUUCCACUAAUGACCUCCGACUAUGAUUACACGGCGCAACACGGCGUGACGGCGGUUGCGGCGGCGGCAUCGCUGCCCGCAAGCGCGGUUGCAAACGUGGCCGCCGCUGGCGACUCAAAGGUGGCCAGCUGUCGGGCCUGCAGCUUGCAGUUCUCGACGCGCGCCAAUGCCCGACGCCACGAACGCAAUCUGCAUCCGAAUCUGUUUCAAUUGUCGACAGAUUCACCAAAUAAUACGCCCAUCACAAAACCAACGCCGGCUUUAGCCGCCGCUCUGGAAAUUCAACGUGCCGCAGCGGCGGCAGCAGCCACCGCGGAAGCAACCAAAGCCGCCGCCGGUGGCAACAUAUCAGCGCAAAAGUAUCGCCAGGUGGUAAUGAAUACGUUCAUCAAAUGCGAAAAUGGCGGCUUCGACUACGACAAUCCGGAACAGUAUCAGCAGCUGCUCACACGCGACAAGGUGGAGUUCAUACAAGAGAACAAUGAGUUUCUGGAGCAAUACCAGACGAUGACGUGUCGCUGCUGCAAUAAGUACUUCAACACCUACAAGAACUUUAUGGCGCAUGUGCGCAAAAAGUAUCCGCUGCUGCCGCGCAAUCUGUGCUUCAACUGCCUGAAGAUGAACGACUCGAAGGCGCUGUUCAUAUCGCAUCUGAAGAAGCGCAACUGCAUCAAUUUGUAUCGCGUUCUCAACGCUUUGCGCUUGAAGCAGCCAAACUUUUCGCAUGCCAGCGCAUCUGGAGCGGCUGUCUCCGCCGAUUUGAGCAUUGGCCAGGCAGCGGCACACGAAACAUCAACGGAGCGGCCCGAGAAGCUGCGUGCCAAGGAGCUGUUGGUGAACAAACUGUAUGAGUGCAAGCUGUGCCCGAAGGGUUUUCGCACCAAGCACGAGUUCCGCACGCAUGUGUACGACAAGCAUGCGGAUGUGCAACGCAAGGAUAACAAUUCGAUACAGUGCAGCUUCUGUGAACUGGACUUUGCCGAUCCCGUCGAUCGUCGUCGCCACUACAACAAUAUGGACUGCAUUGUGCGGUUGCGCUGCAUGACCUGCGAUGCCAAGCUGGAGACGCAUCAGCGCUUCCUCGAUCACGUCUACCAGGAUCACUUGGGCGGUGUGAGCAGCGAUAAUGCAUCUACAGCUAACAGCGGCAUGGAUCAUUCGCCCGGUAAACGCAGCCUGCUAGGCGCCUUGGGGAUUGGUGUGAGUCAGUCAUCGAAUGAUGAGUCACGCAGCAGCAUUCAUAACAAUAACAAUGCAGUGGAAUCGGCCUUCACCUCAACACCGAAACCAGCUGGAACAGCGGGCGGCGCAGCUGCAACAGCGAUCAGUGGCGGCUCCACGUCGGGCAGCCGCGAUGCACCCAAAUCGCAGUAUUUCUCCCGCAUGCCACAGGUGUGCCCCAUUUGUGGCCAACAGUACAACAACUACAACAACGUGCUGCGUCACAUGGAGUCGAAGCAUCCCAACAAACUGCCCGAGACAUACAAAUGUGUGCGCUGCGGCCUGGGCUAUCCGCGAAUCUCCUAUCUGCGCGAGCACAUGAUCAAUGUGCACGGCGUGGACAAGAAUCGGCAUUCGGGCGGCUUUGAAUACAUUGUGAAUGCCGAUGCAGUUAAAUUGGCGGAUGGCAGCACGCCGAACGUCUAUACCGGGCGAUAUGAUUAUGUGAUGAAGGAUCUGAUGUCAAUAACAAAUGGUGGGACACUCGAUGAUGAGGAGGAGGAAAGCGGAAGCGUUGCCAAAAAGAUGCGACUCGACGACAGCAGCAACAAUAGCAGCAUCAACAUGAGCAUUGCCAAUCAGCAGAAGGAGUGUCUCAUCUGCAAUGCGGUGUUUAGCAACAACAUUGGCUUGUCGAAUCAUAUGCGCUCGCAUUAUACAGCCUCGACGGCGACCAAUGCGGCGCUGGCGGCUGCCAAUCGCAUGACGCCCAAAUCUUUGACAAUUACUGCAGCUCCGUCAUUGGACACGACUGCGGCGUCGUCGUCGUCCACCAGCAUGGCAGCAGCAAAUGCGGCGCCGGCGGCAGCAGCAGCAACCCCAACAACAGUCGUCACAGCUGGUGGCAGCUUGCCACCAGCGAUGGUGCAUCAGACGCCACAGGAACAGGCCGUGUUCCGGCGCAGCUUGGAUCAGGCAGCCGAUCGCCGCUUUCGACGCAUGCGCUGUCGCAUCUGCCAGCGCAGAUUCAGUUCGAAGAAAUCAUAUCGCUAUCAUAUGCUCACCGACCAUCAGGUGCAGAACGUGCAGUUCAUCAAGUGCAAGCUGUGCAAUGCCGAGUUUGCCUAUGAGAAGGGCCUCAAGGUGCAUCUGUUCAAGGUGCACGGACGGGCCAUAAAGGACGAGAUGAUUAUCAAGCAGUUCGAGUGCGAUAUCUGUUCGAUUGUGUACAGCUCCGAGCUGGAGCUGCAACAGCACAAGCGCAGCGUUCACAAAUCCCAAAUGGGCGCCAACGAUGCGUCCAAGUCAUCAACCAAAUCAUCUACCGCUACCUCAGCUGCUGACCUGAUCGACGCAUCGGGCACGGCUGUGGCCGCCCUGCCACUCUACUGGUACCAGUGCAAGUACUGCCCAUCCAACUUCAAUACCAACAAGAAACUGGCCAUACACAUCAAUUCGCACGACGAGUUCGAUUCGAACGAUUAUUCGUGCAAGGAUUGCGGCAAUGUCUACAGCGGACGCAAGAGCCUCUGGGUGCAUCGGUAUAAGAAGCAUCCGCAGGUACCAGAUCCGGCUGAGUGCACGCUGUGCCGCAAGAUGUUCUUUGAUCGCCAGAUGCUGGAGAAUCAUACGCCCACCUGCAAUCGGAAGCCCAUCACUGCCACCGGCGCCCAUCAGCAGGAUCAGCAGCAACAGCACCAGCACCAGCAGCAGCAACAACACCAGCAGCAACAGCUGCAAAUGCAACAACAUCGCGCCAUAUUCAAGCAUAAAACGGGCGAUGAUGACGAGGAGGAGGAGGACGAUCAGCUUUUGCUGCUGGACGAUGGUGCCGUUGGCAGCGAUAGCAACGGCGGCAAUGUGAUCCAUGCAGCGGCCACAAGCAGCAGCAAUCCAAAUACGAUAAAUGCGAGCACAAUGAAGAUACGCAUACCGGAGGUGGCGUGCACCAUUUGUGGUGCUCGAUUCACUGACCAGGAGAUGUUCACCAAGCACAUACAGAAGCACGAACAGGAUCUGUAUGUGGACAAUCCACUGGCGGCCAUGUUCGACGAUGGCCCAGCCGAUGCUGGCCAAUUUCAGGUGGAGCGGCAGAACGAGAAUGGGGAAUAUGCGUGCGAUUUGUGCACCAAGACGUUCCCCCAGGUGAUUGCGCUCAAGGUGCAUCGCAAGUGGCAUUUCAGAGGUGAUAGCAAGCAGAAUCCCAUCAUCGACGGCGAAGCGACAACGCUGAACAACAGCAGCAGCAACAACAACAACAACAAUUCGCUGAGCUCCUCGUUGAUGCUGCGCGAGCUACAUGCAGUGGGUCUGAUGCCCAACCAGCAGCAGCACCAGAAACAACUGCAACAACAGCAGCAACAACAACAGCAACGGAACAACACAUCGAGCAGCUCGAGCAAGUCGAUGAAGCGAAAACGUGAACUUAAAUGCGAAUAUUGCGCCUCCACAUUCAUUAGCAACAACAACCUGCGACGCCACAUGUACGAGCUGCACAAGCACGAGGUCAGCAAUCUCCCAGAGCCGCCAGUUAUAGAAGUGGAUGAGCCGCUAACGUGUCGUCGCUGCGGCGAUAUACGCUUCGAUACCAAAGAGCUGUGGAUCGAGCAUAAGCUGGCGGACGCCAAAGUGGUUCGUCCGUUCUGUCCAUUCCAAUGGGGCUGUGAUCUGUGCGGCGAGUACUUGUCGCGCAAAGAGAAGCUCAUCAAUCACAUUAACAAUCAUCUCAAAGAGGAUGUGAUAGUGCCCGUGGCAACAUUGGCGGCUGCCACCAAGGCGGCGCCACCAGUUUCCGUGCUGCCCAACAAGAAUGCAACAGCAAAAACGGCAGCUGGAACAGCAACAACAGCAGCAGGAACAGCAACAGCAACGGGAGUUGGAGCAAAGGGCAUAAUUAGAGCGGCGGCACCAGCUGGAAAAGUUAAUAAGAGUAAACAACUGGAGGAGCUGACAAUGAAGGUGGCAACAAAACAGCAGCAACAGCAACAGCAGCAGCAGCAGUCGGCAAAUGAUGAUAAUGCUGAGCAAGAUGAUGAGGCGGACGAUAGUGAUAUGGAUGAUGAUGAUAGCGAUAGUGGCGAUGGGGAUAGCACAAGUGCUGAUGAUGAUGAUGAGGACGACGACGAUGAUGACGAUGAGGGCGAAGUUGACGACGACGACGAACAGCGCCAAGCUGAACGGCAAUGGGAAAGUGACGCCGCAGCAGCAGCAGCAGCAGCAGCUGGCAAAGUCAAAGGGACAGCCGGCGGCGGUGCUGGUCAUGCAUAG